AUGAUGCCAGGUUUAGCGCAGAGGAAUGACCAAUACUCUUUUGGCUUCUGGUCAAAGGAAAUCGAUGGAGUCAGCUACAAUCAGCUGCACAAGUUCUGGAGUGAGCUGUCGCCGAAAGCUAGGCAGGAACUUCUCAAGGUUGACAAACAGACUCUGUUUGAGCAAGCUCGGAAGAACAUGUAUUGUUCUAGAUGCAACGGCCUGCUUCUUGAAGGUUUCUUGCAGAUUGUUAUGCAUGGGAAGUCCUUGCAUCCGGAGAGAUCAAUAGGGAACAGCAAAUCGGGUGGCUCGAAAUACCAAAAAGACUGUAACUCAGUUGUCAGUAACGGAUGUGGGGAUGAGAUGCAAGAUCCGUCUGUUCAUCCUUGGGGAGGUCUCACCGCGACGCGUGAUGGAUCACUCACACUUCUUGAUUGCUAUUUGUACGCAAAGUCUCUCAAAGGACUACAGAAUGUGUUUGACAGCGCCCCUGCUCGAGAAAGGGAACGUGAGUUGCUUUAUCCCGACGCUUGUGGUGGUGGAGGACGGGGGUGGAUAAGUCAAGGAAUGGCUAGUUAUGGUAGAGGGCAUGGAACAAGAGAAACGUGUGCGCUACAUACUGCGAGGCUUUCUUGUGAUACAUUGGUGGAUUUCUGGUCCGCACUCAGCGAGGAAACUCGACAAUCCCUUUUGAGGAUGAAAGAAGAAGAUUUUAUGGAGAGACUGAGGUACAGGAAAUGUUACAACUCAAGUUAUCACAUUCUGAAUUACAAGAUGUUUGAGGAUGUUCCUACUAAAUUCGACAGCAAGAGGUUUUGUAGAGACUGCAGACGAAAUGUUAUUCGUGAGUUUAAAGAGCUUAAGGAACUGAAGCGAAUGCGGAGAGAACCCCGAUGUACCACCUGGUUUUGUGUUGCCGAUACAGCCUUCCAAUAUGAGGUAACCAUUGAUUCGGUGCAAGCAGAUUGGCGGGAAACUUUUUCUGAGAACGCUGGAAUGUACCAUCAUUUUGAGUGGGGGAUUGGAACCGGAGAAGGAAAAUGUGAUAUCCUAAAAUUUGAAAAUGUUGGCAUGAAUGGGAGAGUUCAAGUCAAUGGCCUCGACCUUCGUGGUUUAAAUUCAUGCUACAUUACCCUUAGAGCUUAUAAAUUAGAUGGCCGCUGGUCUGAGGUAUCCGUCAAAGCCCACGCAUUAAAAGGUCAACACUGUGUGCACGGCAGGCUAGUUGUUGGGGAUGGUUUUGUUUCAAUCAAGACAGGGGAAAGCAUCAGAAGGUUUUUCGAGCAUGCUGAAGAGGCUGAGGAAGAAGAGGAUGAAGACAUGAUGGACAAAGAUGGGAAUGAGCUUGAUGGGGAAUGCUCCCGUCCGCAAAAGCAUGCAAAAAGUCCAGAACUUGCUCGAGAGUUUCUUCUAGAUGCUGCAACCGUUAUAUUUAAGGAACAGGUUGAAAAAGCAUUCAGAGAGGGAACUGCUCGUCAAAAUGCACACAGCAUCUUUGUGUGUCUUACUUUGAAACUAUUAGAGCAACGUGUACAUGUUGCUUGCAAGGAUAUUAUUACCUUGGAGAAACAGGGGAAACUUCUCGAGGAAGAAGAGAAGGAAAAGCGUGAAGAAGAGGAGCGGAAGGAGAAGAAAAGGACCAAAGAGAGGGAGAAAAAACUCCGCAGAAAGGAGAGAUUGAAGGAAAAAGAAAGAGGCAAGGAGAAGAAAAAUCCUCAAGACAUGCUGCUAAAUUCAUCAAGGGAAGAAGAAGAUCUUCCAAACCUUGAUGACGCGAUGAACAAUACCAUAAACUGUGAAGAGUCAGAAAUUGAAACUGGGGAUGCAGAUUUGUCUCCACCUGGUUCUCCUGAUGUUCAAGAAGGACAGUGUUUGGAUAGUUGCCCUUCUCCAGGAACGGAAAACCACUACUGUGAUAGAGAGGUUAUAGAUGUUGAAGAUGAGAACGAGUACUUUACAAAUGAUCAUCAAAAACCUGUUCACCAGAAUGCAAGAUACUGGAAAGAAAUGCAAUCUGAUAAUGCUUUGAGGUGGUCAGAUAAACGCAGAUAUUCAGAGAAUACUUCUUUUGUCAGUAGGUCAGAGGGAAGAUACCGUAAUGUUAAAUUAGAAGUGUCUUCAAGGAGCUUCAAUGGGUCAAACAGACAGUUAAGAGUGAAAGCUUCAAAGUCCCAUGAGAAGCCUCAAUGUUCCGAAAACAGGAUGAGUGAGAGGUUUGACUUUAACUCUUGCAGUUGCAGGCCGAGUAGUGAAUACCGACCAAUAGUAGAUGCUAGCAUCCCCGCAACCAGAAGCAUGCGAGAACCCAAGACGUUGUCCAAUUCGGACUCUGCUCCUGAUGCCUCCAAGCCAGUGUUCCGAGGCAACAGGUAUACUCAACCAGACUAUACUCGUGAGUUACGACUUAAAAGCAAGGUGGGAGUUGGUCCAAAUCCUCCAAAAAAAGUUUGGGAGCCCAUGGAGCCAAAGAAGUAUCCACGAAGCAACUCUGACUCUGAAGUAACAGUUAGAUGUUCCACAUUUAAGGCUGAAGAGUUAGAAGACACUAGUAUUGCUGAGAAUUCAUCUCAAUGCAAGGCUACAGAGACGUUGGAUAAUCCCAAGCUUAAAGACAAUAACGGCGUGGAGUCCGGGCAAACAAAGGAUGGGUGGCAUUUGAAAGAUCCUAUGAUGAGCAGUACAUCGAGUUCAGACAAUUGCUCGUCAUGCCUGAGCGAGGGAGAUAGCAAUACGGUUUCUUCAAACAACGGGAACACUGAAUCCUCCUCAACAUCCGAUUCUGAAGACGCCAGUCAGCAAUCCGAAGGAAGAGAGAAUAUAGGUGUUGCUACACAGAACAAUAUCAUCCUCUUAACAGAUGCUACUGGGAAGAGUCAAAUCCCGGAAACUCCGAUGGCGGUAACUGGGAAUAAUAACACGGAUAGCAACAUUAACAAUAACAUGGGACAUGGUGUAGUAAAUGUGCAACCACAAGGAGGCAUGUAUCCGCAAAUGCUAAACCAGAAUCUACAGUUUCCUGUUUUCCAGGCUGCUUCACCAAUGACCUACUUCCAUCAAGCACCACCGGUCUCCUGGGCUGCGACUCCAGCCAACGGCUUAAUUCAGUUCCCACACCAUAGCCCGUAUCUAUACGCAGGUCCCCUCGGAUAUAGUAUGAACGGAGACUCACCGCUUUGCUUGCAGUAUGGUAAUCCGCUGAAUCAUGCGGCAGCGCCCUUCUUCAAUCCCGGGCCAGUUCCAGUUUUCCAUCAGUUCUCCAAAACCAACACCGAGGACCAUGCUCAGGCUCUUGAGCCGGCACAGGAACUAAACGGUUUGGCUCCACCGGAAACACAGAGCGUGAGUGAAGACGGCUUCUCCUUGUUCCAUUUCAGCGGACCGGUGGGUCUUUCAAACGGAAGUAAAUCGAAGCCUGCACAUUGCAAAGAUGGGGUUUUGCGCGGACUUGUUGGAAAUGGCGAUACGAAAGCGAAAGAGAGCACAGAGGUGGAAGAGUAUAACUUAUUUGCAACGAGCAAUGGCCUCAGGUUUUCGUUAUUCUAA